UUCCGUCCCUGGGUGCUAUAUCUUCGGUAGGCGGUGGUGUGGGUUGUGUUAGUUUUUGGCUCUUCUAAAAUAUUUUAUUACGGCGGUUAGGGAAUAUUGGUUGGGAUACACGAGGACCAUUAUCUUUCCGUAAGAUGGCUUCUGGGUUGGCCCAGCAGAACUCGUGUCUCGGUAUUAGAUGGGGUCAGACUACACCGACUGCCGCCAUGCUGCACAGCUUAACGGGGAAUCUAACUCGUUCCCUUUCAACGACAUUGGGCGCCUUUCCGGGUUACGCGGGGGAUCUGGGCGCCGGCACGUCCCCGCCUGGUAGCAGAGGUCCAGCGGUCGCCAUGAGCUCCAACAACGCGACCCCGUCCUCCCACGUCACCAGUCUUCCAGCUCUUUCCACGACUUUGUCGGAACACCGCCCUCCUCCAGGGGGCGCAGUGGAGCUCGCCGCUGCUAUGGCUGCAAAACUCAACGCCAUGCUGAUGGCAAAGGGGAAACUGAAGACAGCCCAGCCCCCGCCAGAGAGGCCUGCACCCACUGUCGCUGUUUCGUCUCAAAAUAGUGACUUGGUGGUUACAGAGGUGGACAUUAAUGACGUUCCUCUACACUGCAGGAACUUACUCACAAAAGGACAAACUCAGGAAGAAAUUCGCCAGUUUAGCGGAGCAACGAUAUCAACAAAGGGUUCCUACAUGACUGCAGCUGCAAAAGCACAAGCUAAAGGAGUGAACCGGCCGUUAUAUUUACAUGUUCAAGGAAAGACCCAGGAGGAAGUCAACAAGGCUAUGAUGCGCAUCAAGGAGAUCAUUUCAGAGGAGGUUUUGAGGGCUGCGUCUGGACAGCCACCCUCUGCUAUUCCUGUCUAUACUCCCAGCCUUCAGGCACCCCGGCCUCCUGUUGCGCCUCCUGCCCUGCAGCAAAGACCACCCAUCAAUCAGAAUCGCAGGUCUUCUGUGCCACCAAACCAAGUUCAUUCAGGAAAUUUUGUCCACACCAAGUUAUUUGUAGGCUUGGAUCAGACACUGCCUUCUUUCAAUGUGAAAGAGAAAGUAGAGGGUCCUGGGGGAUCAUACUUGCAGCAUAUCCAGAAUGAGACUGGUGCUCGUGUCUUCCUAAGAGGAAAGGGGUCUGGUUAUAUUGAGCAGGCCUCUCGGCGAGAAUCCUUUGAACCUUUGUAUCUCUACAUCAGCCACCCAAAUUCAGUCAGCUUGGAAGCAGCAAAGAAACUCUGUGAGAAUCUGUUAGAAACGGUUCGCGUGGAGCACUCCCGCAUGAUGUCUGUUUACACAGCACCUGGGGUUCCUCAAGCAUACCCACCUUCCCAUGGCUACCCACCUAAUAGCAAUCACUGUAGCCAGGUUUCCUGGUAUAACUACCCAACAAAUGGUUACUCGGGCGGCUAUUCUCCAUAUCCCGGAUCCAGUGGUUAUUGGAGUAGUUCAAAUGGUCAUCACAGUUAUUCUAACAUUUCAACAACCCCUCAAUCUUCUCAGGCAAUGGUUCAGUAUCCAGUGUGUCCCAGAAUGCCACCACCUUAUUUAGAGCAGGACACUGGGACCAGUAACGUUGCAACAAUUGAUAAGGCCACAUCCAGUCCUCCCCAUAACCGAAGUGCAAAGAGAUCUUCUGCAGAGGAAAACAAUUUGGAGUAUCAGCAUGGCAAGACAGAUCCAUGUUCCGGAGCUGGCCUCACUGUUUCUAAAACUGAAAUGGCUACUUCACUGGCGACCAAGAACAAUGAUGGAAAAGAAUUAGAAAGGAUCCUGAUGCCCCCACCCCCCCCUCCUCCUCCAAUCGGAGCUGUGCGGAAGAGGCGAAGGGCAGAGGAUGGCCGCUGUGGUGCACAACAGGCUGCCACGGGUGAUGUGGGUACUUUAACCAAGAAGUCAAAAACGAGUGAGGGAACAUUGGGGUUAGUUCCCUAUGGAGGCGAUUCCUCUGAUGAAGAGGAUGACCGGACCCGUGGCAGUAAGACAUCUUUCCAGUAAACAUGUUCAGGGUCUUGAUACUGUUGAGGUCUGCUUAGCUAUUACACAGCAGCUCUGGGGUAUGUUUUUGUGAUGUAAAUAAAGGCCUCACUUGUAGCAAUGGUAGCCAUUUAUUCCCCUCCAUCACCAAGGAACAUUUCCAACAUGUAUGCUAGUCUUACUGGUCCUGAAGUACACCUGUUUUUCUGGUUUUCAAUCUUCCCGUGCUCGGUCUUAGUUGAGCCUCUUAAACCUUUAAUUUUCAAACACUUCUAUUUUAAGAGAUUAGAACAAUUUAGUUUUGAAUGCUGAUAUUCACUCCUGGUCCUGGAGAGCAGCUGAGGUUUCUGAUUUGCAGUCUGCCCUGAACUUUAGUUUUAUUUGAAUCACUCAUGUUAUAUUUCCAGGUCUCUACUUAUUGAAAGUGUUUUGCAAUUGUGGUAUUUAACAACCACAUACCUUCUUUUGAAAUUGCAGUUAACAAUUUCAUUGGAUCUUAUUUCAGUAAAACACUGCGCCUUCUGAAUGCAAGUUCAGAAUAAAGCUAAUGAAUACACACUCUUAUCGAAGAAUAUUGUCAAGAUGCCCUGUGCUGAUGGGACAAAAUGUGUGCAACCUGUUUUCCACUGGCUACAACAUGAGUAAAAUUAAGCAGGCUCUGGAAGUGUUGAUCAGGUUCUAAAUUCUUUGGGACAAAUUCCUCAGCUGCUGAGUUGUUUCACAGCUAUUUUUACAAGUCCUGAGCUGUUUUAAUAUUACUCGGGAAACCGUUAAAGGUGUUUUGCAUGAGUCACACAGUUUGGUCCUACUUAAGAACAACAUGUAUCUUGCAAUAUGUUGUGGUGCCCUAGGACUGGGACUGAGUGUCAUCUGUUCAGAAAUCAGCAUGAACCCUGUGCAGGCUUUCAUAACUCAUUUCAUUUAGGACUGUUUAAGGUUGAAAUACAUGAGUCUGCACAUCACCAAUGGUGCUUAUUAUGGGAGUUAUUUGACAGUCAUUCCCACCUAUUUCUAUACAUUUAAUAAAUACCUAUAGGGAACUGGGAGACCAACACUUUGAAACUGUAGUUCAAUUUCAUUUAAGUCUUUAAAAGUUUAUUUGCAUAUGUAAAACAAUUGUUGGAAAUGCAUGUAAAAGUUUUGGAAAUAAAAUUGAGUGAGUGUAGAAAGUUUAAAAGCAGUUGGUUAAAUGAAGAGAUGAAGUGAGUUGUGAAUAAAUCAGGGCUCAGUUUGAAUGAAAAUCAGAAGAUGGGUAGUGUAGGGAAACACUAUGUAAGAAUUGCACUGUAUUGCCCACCUUUAAUACAAAUGGUCGAAUUGUCACUUUUACAUUGUACUUCCUGCAGAUUUUCAUAUGUGAAAAAUGAGUGUUCAUCUGUUCCCAUGGAAUACUGUAAUAAAGUAUUUUGAACGAU